AUGUUGACACUCGGAGGGAGCGCAUGCAUCGCCCGACCGCCCGACCGCGUCGUUUCACGGCGAGGUGUCGCGAGGCGCGUCUCCGCUCAUCGGCCCCGCGCGGCUGAAAAGUUCUGCCUGAGCGGUUCGGGAGCCUCUGGAAUUCCGGCCGAUGAUGCGGCUUCUCACGAACGUGGAGCUGAACGCGAUGGUUUCGUGCUGUCCAGGCGUGCCUUCGGACCAUCCAUCGCCGCGACAUUGCUCGCGCCGAUCGUACCAUCGAGCAUCGAGUCCGCAUUCGCCGCCGGUGGAGGAGGAUCGCCUGCCGCGGUGGGUAUCGAGUGUGUUGUCAUGAGGACCGCGUCCAUCACGCCUGACAUGGCAGCCAACUACCUCGUCGAAGCCGUCCCGGGACUCGUUAAGCGCGACGACGCUCCCGCAGGACGGGCCAUUGUCAUGGGUGCGGGAGGUAUCGCACUAGAACUCAGGGGCGGUGGCGAUGAGGGCGAUGAGGGCGAUGCUGAUGGGUCUUCCUCGUCAGUGAAGCUGCCUUCCGAGUCUCGAGACCCCCCAAAGCUCGCCGCGAUAUUCGUCGGCACCGACAACCCCGCCAAGGCCAGGAAUACCGCCCUGAGGAACGGCGCCGCAACCCAGAAGGAUGGACCGGGUUCGGGCGAGAGGUGCAGCGGCGACGCCUACGCGGGAUGCGUCGCUAACCUGGUAGGCUUCCCGUUGGUAUUUGUGAAGACGAGGUCAGCCAAACCGGCCGUCGUGAGAAUAGCAGUGAGCGGUGCCCUGGACCCCGACGCGGUGGUGGACGCCCUCGGAGGAGAUGCAAGUGGCCUGACGAUCGAUUCCGCGGGGAAGGGCCAGGUUGGGGUGGUGGAGAGAGCGGCGGAGGAUCCACCGCUGCAGGGAAGGGGGGUGAUACUGACGCCAGCCGGAGGCGGCGCUGGAGGCUUGGAGCUGAGGGCGGGUGACCGUGGAAGCGCCGCUUGGAGGGUGCUUGGGGUUGUAGGGACGGGGGGCAAGAGGUCAAGGGCGAAGUCACCAUGCCCAGGCACAGACCGGUCUCCGGUGUGCCACAGGAGGACGGCGAGUGAUGGGAAGCGCCUCCUAAACGCGCGCAAGCUAGGCGAGCUCGUCACGAUUUCCACGCUCUGCCCAAUGCCUUUGCAUUUCGCCACGCACGAGAAUUAUCUUCCGGCCACCGGCCAAUUUCUUGGGUUUGCAAGUUCUGUUCGACGACCCAACUUUCUCGGAAACGACCAAAGACCACGCCUCGCGCGUUGGCAUCACCUUCAUGCUCGCUCAGGAGCUCAGGAUUCAGUAAGACCCCGGGCCGCCCGUAAGUCCCGAGGGCAACCACACGUCGGAAAUGUGAAAAGGAAAAGACCCCUCAGGGGGCACCACAGUGGCGUAAGAGGCAUCUUUUCGUUUCCCGCCACGCUGGUUUUGUUCUCAGGUGCACAGAGGAGUUCAUCCGCAAAACUACGAGUCCACCGCAGAAAUGCGUAAGUCCAGAAUACCGUGUUCCGCCUCAUGAUCUGUCACCCAGGUGCAAGUAAAACGUAUCAUUUGAUUGACCCACUGGGCAAGAAGAAAGAGUGGAGAGUCGCGGAGAGGUUAUUCUUUGUCCUGGCACAAAUCACCCCACACACUGCGCUUUCGCCCAGCAAUCUGUUGCCUUGCCUUUGAUCAUCGCUUCACCGUCACGAGCCGUAGCUGCAUAUUGCACACACGCGCGUCAUGCCUUUCGAGUCUUUGAUCUCUCAGGAACACAUAUCACUUCACUGCCACACUGAUGAUUUACUUGGUACAACGUUCAAGCGUCCGAAAUCCGGCGUCCUUGCUGCAGUAGAGUAUUCCCGCACGCAAUUCUAUGCCCAUCGAUUCUUCGAUUCGCGCGGUAAUUCUGCAUGUUUGAGUCGCCAGUUUGCUCACUUUGGUUCGCUUGGAACUGUGUGGUUUGUUUGGGUCGCGUAUUCUUCCCAGGAUGAUUUAGGUUUCUCCUUCGUGGCGGGUCACCAGUAGGUCAGAUAUGCUCUUUCCGACUAGUUU